AUGUCCGUCUCCUGCCAACAGCACAGAAUUCAUUAUAACCUUUCAUCAGAGAUCAAAUAUGUAUACAGGUUGUGGGCAAGUCCUUGGCAAAUUAUAAGUGAGAGAAAGCUUUUCUCCCACGACACACCCUAUUCACUCAUCCACUCCGAUCCACCCGCACCCCGCCGUGUUGUGGCCACACCACACAGGGGGUCACCGCAGUGUGAUGAAGUCCCUGGCCCCCCAGGCACCUGCUACGGCUUGAUGACAGUAACUAAAAUGUACACAGAUCUUUACAGCUCACAACACCAUCCACUCAUUUGA